AUGUUGACAUUUCUUCUACCAUGUCUUCUGUUAGUCUCAUACAGCUUCGUCGAGGCCCUGUCACCCAUCUCAGUGAAGGGUGUUUCCUACAUUCCCACCGAUGGCGACUACGAUCCCCUGUUACAUGUGGAACAAUGCCGGACAGACGCAGCGUUGAUGAGCAAGGCCGGAAUCAACACAAUCUACGUGUACACAGCCGACGCUGCGGAAGACCACGAUGCUUGCAUGAGAGUCUUUGCCGACCAGGGCAUCUACGUCUGGCUUCAACUAGGCGACUUCCCCCGCGUCACCAGCGAGACAGCAAAGGCUCCCCAGUGGACCCUGUCCCUCUUCGCCGCGUGGACCGAAGUCCUCGACACAUUCGCCGGCUACAACAACACGCUCGCCUUUGGAAUCGGCCAGGAAACCAUCAACGAAAACUCAACCUCCACCCGCGUCGCCCCCGCCCUCAAAGCCGCCGCCCGCGACCUGCGCGCCUUCCGCACCGCGCGCGGCUACCGCGCCAUCCCGCUCGCCUACUCCGCCGCCGACGUGCCCGAACUGCGCCUGCUCACCGCGCAGUACCUCACCUGCGACCCCUCCCCCUCCUCCACCCCCGACAACUCCAACUCCAACCCCACCUCGAUCGACCUCCUCGGCCUCAACAUCUUCAACCCCACCUCCUGCACCGCCACCGCCUGGGCCACGCUGCGCGACCAGCUGCGCUCCCUGCCCCUUCCCAUCCCCGUCGUCAUCUCCGAGUCCGGCUGCCUGCCCGCCUCGGGCAAGCGCACCUUCAGCGACCUCGAGCAGGUCCUGCUGGGCGGGCCGUCCUUCGAGCAGGUCUUUUCCGGCGCCAGCGUGUUCCAGUGGGCGGAGGAAGGGGAGGGCCACGGGUUCGGGCUGGUGCAGUAUGAUGCCGGUGGUGGUGAGGGCGGGGAGGGGCCGCAGGGGGGCAAUGGCGCGCCGACGAAGGUGCUGCCCGCGUAUACGGCGCUGUCGAGCGUUUUUAAUGAGGCGAGGACGAGGGUGACCGGGACGGUGGCGGGGCGGUAUACCCCCGCUGGGGGGGAGCGGUUGGCGUGUCCGACGCUGGAUGUGGAUGCGGGGUGGUUGGUGGAUGGGGAGGCGCCGUUGCCGACGAUUGACGGGUUGCAGAUUGGGACGGUGACGGUUAAGACAACGGUGGUGACGGCGGGGGGCGGGAGGGCGACUGGCGGGGUUGGUCAGGGGCAGGAGGGGGGUCAGGGACAGGGACAGGGACAGGGACAGGGACAGGUUGGUGGUGGUAAUGAUGGGGGGCAGUUGUCGACGGGGGCGAUUGCGGGGAUCACGGUUGGGUGUGUGAUUGGGGUGUUGGCUUUGGUGACAGGUGUGUUGGUUUGUCUUCGACGGCGGAGGGGAGGACCUCAACCGCCGAGCGAGGGGGAGGGUAUGCAGGUCGUUGAGCACUUCAAGCGGCCACGGAGCUACUGGUAUCCUACCGGCAAGGUUGAGCUGCCGGCACAGAACAUGGCAGCUAUCGAGAUGGAUGGCUCCUUACGAUCGGCCUCGUCCUCGGCCCCGGUGUGGAAGAUACCAAUGCAGGAUGGGAGAAUCGAUUCGCCAACGGUGACAGAGAUACACGACAUGAAAUGGAGACAGGAACCGCAGUAUGAACUGGCGGAUAAUAAUAUGGUCCCCAUGGGAGAUGGCACGCAGACUGGGACAUGGAGGGUUUCACCGCUCACCCCAGGCACUAAGUAUGUAUGA